AUGGUGGUGCGCAGCGACCCAUCUUCCUCCACUUUCUCUAUUACGAUGCGUGCGGUGCUGCAGCGCGUGAAGCAGGCGUCAGUGCAUGUGAACGGACGACUUGUGUCGAGUAUUGGCCCAGGCAUUCUUGCGUUGGUGGGUGUAUGUCAAGACGACACGCCAGAGCAGAUCGAGACGCUUGUCCGCCGGAUCCUUGGCAUUCGGUUGUGGCCUGACGGCACUGCCAUCACCGAUGGAGCCUUGCACUACACCGACGAGGGCAAGCCGUGGCGUAUGAAUGUCACAGAGCUGGGCGGCGAAGUGCUGUGUGUCUCGCAAUUUACCCUGUACGCCAGGAUGAAAGGUACGAAGCCUGAUUUCCAUCUUGCGAUGGGCGGCACGACAGCCCAGCCGUUCUACGAAGAUUUCCUCGCGAAAAUGCGCAGCAGCUAUGCGAGUGAUAAAGUUUUCGACGGCGAGUUUGGGGCCAUGAUGGAUGUCUCGUUGAUCAAUGACGGCCCAGUCACGAUCAGUACGUAUGACGUGGUAUAA